UCAAUCGAUCACCCUUCCGCUUCCAACACCAGCCAAAUCGUCGAUCGUCGAUUCCUUCCACAAGCAUCUCAAAUCCUCACCGAUAUGACCGACAAUGUCGUCGAUCCGCCGCACCAACAUGUUUGAACCCUUCUCCCUUGACUUCUUCGACCCCUUCGACGGCUUCCCUUUCGACUCCGACAGCAACAGCAGCGGCAACCUCGUCCCGCGCACCUCCUCUGACACGGCGGCCUUCACGGGCGCGUGCAUCGACUGGAAGGAAGUGCCCGAGGCACACGUGUUCAAGGCGGAUGUGCCGGGGCUGAAGAAGGAGGGGGUGAAGGUGGAGGUGGAGGACGACAACAUCAUCCAGAUCAGCGGCGAGCGGAACAAGGAGCAGAAGGAGAAGACUGACACCUGGCACAGGAUGGAGCGCAGCAGCGGCAAGUUCCUCCACAGGUUCAGGCCUAGGGUAUUAAGUGUUGGCAGUUUUGGACUUCCUUACAUCCAUCUGUUUUACUUGGGCUAUUUUGCUACUUCCUAGCGGUAGUACCACUCAUGGGAGCAGUAGUACCGCUUAGGCGGUACUUCCACUGACCAGUAUCGCUUCCAUUUUUCUUAUUUUUAUGCUUCUGUUGCCCGAUCUGUUUGAGCGGUAGUACUGAUACGUCUUCAAUGUAUAUAUAAUUUUUUAUUGUUCCAUGCUAUUAUAUUAUUUAUCUUGGAUGUUUUAUAUGCAUUUAUAUGUUAUUUUAUAUUAUUUUUGGGACUAACCAAUUAACCUAGAGCCCAGUGCCAGUUUUAGUUUUUUUUCUUAUUUUUGAGUUUUGCAGAAAAGGAAUAUCAAACGGUGCCCAAACAAGCUGAAAAUUUACGAUGAAGCCCCCAGAACACAAGAGUUGGGCCAGAAGAGUCCCGAGUCAAAGACAAGGGUGGAGGGCGCGCCCACACCCCCUAGGGCGACCCCUGCCUGGUAGCUGCCUCGUGGACCACCCUGACUUGAAAAUGAAGCAAAAAUUCCUAUAAAUCUAGAAACCACCAGAAAGAAACCUAGAUCGGGAGU